AUGCAGUCUUCCGUGAUCACAUACGACAUGACAGAUCCAGACAGCCCAUGGAGGAAGAUGCAGUUCUACGACGAUACACCUCGCGCCGAAGGUGCCAUGUUCUACAUCCCAGCUUCAGACGCUGGCAUGCUGGUGUACUUUGGCGGCGUUCAGCAGAAUGCAAGUGGUAAUUAUACUGGUGUACCAAUGGAUACAAUCUAUCUAUACGACAUCGGUGCUGCUCGGUGGUUCGCACAGCAGACUUCAGGACGGACACCUCCACCACGAAGAAGGUUCUGCGGUGGAGUCAGUUGGCCUGAGGACCGUUCGUCGUACAACAUCUACUUCUUCGGAGGUGCCUUACCAUACGACGAGACUGGAACUGGGUAUGGCGAUGUUUGGAUCCUCUCACUGCCUUCAUUUACUUGGACCUUAUACUGGCCCGAUGCACCCGAGAACCGACACCACUCCUUGAGCUGUGAUGUCAUCAACAAAGGCCAGAUGAUUGUGAUGGGAGGCUACUGGCCGAACUCAUCUAUCCCGGGCUGCGAUGUUCCUGCCAUCUGGGGAAUGCAUAACCUCAAUCUUGGCUCCGACAAUGCUCAACGGGCCGCGUGGUAUCAAUACUUGCCCAACCUGACCGACUAUACAGUUCCUCCCAAUCUGACAGUCGCGAUCGGUGGAAACAACACUGGCGGUGCCACGUUAGUGACUCCAGCCGCGGGCUUCUCCAGUAGCGACCUUGGGGUAUAUCUCGCGCGUAAAGCUACCACGAGCACACGCACCGCCACGAGACCUCUGACUCCUGCAACUUCCUCAGCAACAUCAGGUCCUGGAGGUUCUGGUUCAAAUACCGGCGCCAUCGCAGGUGGAGUCGUUGGCGGCGUGGUCGGGCUCGCACUCAUCGCAGCUCUACUGUUCUUCUGCCUCCGGCGCCGAAAACGAGCAAAGGCCAACACCACACACUCAUCUGUCCCAGCCUAUCCCACGUCGACCACCAUGACCGAGACAUCCCCUCCUCACGUCCAACCCUACCACAACAGCACCAACAAACAAGACCUCAACCCCCAAACCACCCCACCUCCCGGCUGGCAACAUCCCCCAUCCGGCUCGCCCCAACAACAACCACAACAAACCAUCUGGCAACCCGUCGCUGUAUUCCACCAACCACAAAAUGCACAGCAUUUCCGUGAGGAUCUUCCUCAGCAGCAGCAGCUACAGCAGUUCUUCCCGCCUCCACCGCAGCCGCAGCAGCAUUAUCCUCCUCCGCCGGACCCGCAGCAGUAUGUGCCCCCGAGCCCGACUUAUGAGAUGCCGAAUGUCCGGAGUCCGGAUGGGGUGGGGGAGAUGGGGAAUGGAGGCAGUGGAGGGGCGAGUCCGAGGGCGUGGAGGUCGCCGAGUGCUGGGCCUAGGGGGGUGAAUCGGGAGGAGUGA